AUGGCGCUUCCAAGAUUGGGCCCACCGGAUACGAGAGACAUUAUUGGUGCGUGCCUGAUUACGGUGGAGUCCUUGUCUCACAACACCCUCACCACAACCACCACAAUGGACUCAUUCACACACAUCGUCCGCCGGGGCCUCGACACCGGCGACAACGAGACAACCGUCGAUAUCCUCAUCGCACUUCUCGCUCUUACUUUCUGCGGCUUGCUGGCUUUCUCCCUUUUGGUGCUGAUGCGGAGGAUGCGGAGGCAGAAGCAGAUGUUGGACGAGACCCUCCCCCAAUACCAUGAUGUCAAGAAGUCGGGCAACCACAGACGUCUCACCAUCGAAACCGGCAACGGCCGACAAAGCGUCAUCGUCUUCAACAAUGGCGCCUCGCCCAUGCUUGCCAACCCCCGAUCGCCUCCCCACUCCCCCGACAACGUUCCCCAGAUUCACAUCACCUUCCCCGACGAGCAGGACGACCAAGGCAGGCCAAAGAGCGGCCGUGUUGUCGUCGUCCGUGUUGGCGAGACCACCGUUGGCCUCGAGCCCCUCAACGACGAACAACUACCCGCCUAUGAGAAGGAAAACAGCACGCAGUUCUACUCGGUGGACAUUGAGAAGAUUGGCGGACUCAAGGAGAAGGAGUUCCGCUAA